AUGUCUGGUAAUCAAGAAAAUGAAAUUUCGCCCGAUAAGUCUUCGCGCCCUGGAAGCUCAGGAUCCAGUCAAGGUGAAGUGAAUGAGAGGAAGAUGUCGCCCCACAAGCAUUCUUCCAAUGCCUUCAGCUCGAAGAUUAUUCUCACGACAUAUCCUGGGCAGCCUGGCAUGGACCCUAUGCAGAUGUCUUGGGGUCAUGUUGAUCCUCGCCAACGCGGGCCCGUAGUUGUCUCGAGGGGUAAGAGUACAUUCAGGCGUCGCAACGCUAUCGGAGCCCAUGGGGGAUCCUAUGCGAUUUACUACGCGCUCGCAGUGGCCAGUAAAAGUUUAGAUGUGAAUCAUAAGCCAGAUUUUACGAACACUGAGCCUGCGGUUGAUAUAGGUCCCUUCCAGCAAUGGUCAGAUCCGAGGAAGAUUGUCUCGAUGGAUCCCUGGGGGCACCUAGCACCCAAACUAUACUCAAAUCUGUCGCUGAAAGAGCGAGUCGAUAUCAGACCAACCAUUGCAAUUACCAAAGCGCAUAUGAUAUUGCCUGAGCUUGAGAACAGCGUGAAGUCAGGGCGUUUGGUCCCAGAUGGCAAGAUCUGCCUCAGUGAAAAAGGAGAGCUAGCUGUCACCAAGUUCGCAGUCGAGCCAGUAUGGUACCUACCUGGAGUCGCAGAACGAUUCGGGAUUGAUGAAGGCAUACUUCGCCGGGCUCUCUUCGAGAACACCGGGGGCAGUUUCCCUGAGCUGAUCACUCGAGGCGACAUCAAGGUAUUCCUACCUCCGAUUGGGGGUUUAACAGUCUAUUGUUUCGGAGAUCCGUCAAACAUGUCUAACCAUCAUUCGAAACUUGCCCUCCGAAUCCACGAUGAAUGCAAUGGUAGCGACGUAUUUGGCAGUGACAUAUGUACGUGUCGGCCCUACUUGAUCUUUGGAGUUGAAGAAGCUGUGAAAGAGGCCCAGCGUGGAGGCAGCGGUGUAGUAAUAUACUUUCGCAAGGAAGGCCGCGCUCUGGGUGAAGUCACAAAAUACCUUGUUUACAAUGCUCGGAAGAGGGGCACGGAUCGUGCAAGCGAAUAUUUCAAACGGACAGAAGAUGUUGCUGGGGUGAAGGAUAUGCGAUUUCAAUCCUUAAUGCCUGAUAUACUUCACUGGCUGGGUAUCAGCAAAAUCGACAAAAUGCUAAGCAUGUCAAACAUGAAACACGACGCAAUUGUUGAACAAGGAAUCCCAAUAAACGAGAGGAUUCCUUUACCUGACGAAUUGAUUCCAGAAGAUAGCCAAGUAGAAAUCGACGCAAAAAUUCACGCGGGUUAUUUUACGACUGGGAAAAUAAUGACAGACCAAGAGUUGGGCGAGGUCCACGGCAGAGCAUGGGACGAUGUUGUCCACUGA